UUAGGCCCAUGUGAUCUAGGAUGCAUUUCUCAUGUAUGCUUCAUAUUGCUUGUAGAAGCAAUUUAUACUGUUAUAUAUAAACUUGUUUGCACACUUUUGGUUGUAAUUCAAAUGAAAAAAUCACACCCUUGGUACCUUUUCUGUUAACUAACUCCUUUUCGUGUUAUCAGUAACAAUUCUUUCUUCCUUGCUGAAACGUGAGAUCAAACUUGGUUGGAUCCUUCACGUACUCAAGGCUUGUUCUGGUGUUGCUGAUCCGUCUGCUUUGUAAUGACUACGUUGCAGCUAUAACAAGAGUAACAGCGAUAUCUGCAGCAUAACGACAUCAGUACAGCUGACAGUAAGGUGUAUAGUAGUUCUUUGAACAAACCUGAUAAAAUGGGUAUUUACAACAAUUACAAGAACGCGAGUACAAAUGCCAAAAGUGGCGAUUAUCUGGAAGGAGUGUUAAAUGAUUAUGUAGGAGGAAAGGGGAAGCUAAAAGGGCAUAAGAGUAGCUCCACAAGGCUGGUAACAACACUCACUUGUGUACAAUUCGCGUUUGCAAUAUAUGCUACGUUUCUUCUGUAUUACAUGAGCCCUUCAGUUGAUCUAAGGACUAAACCGGACUUCACGUGGGCUACACAAUUUGCAAAGCAAUGGAAGGACUAUAUUAUUCAACCCAACAUUGUGAGCCACUACCAAGAAGUAUCUAAUUUGGUUGCAACGGAUAUGCAAGCAAUGCAAACAAUUGUUCCAGCUGAGGUCUGUGAGCACGAAAAGAUCGAUUUUAUGCAGAAGAAGUCCAAUGAUGUUCAAAUGAUCAAGUUGAAGACUGAGCUUUAUAAUGAGGUGUUGCAGUUUCAAAGCAAGAAUUUUGGCAUUGAGACUCUUAGGCAACUAAUGGCAAUGCCAUCAAAGUGGGAUUUGAAGGGGUCUAAUAAACCAAAAGUUACAGUUAUUUUAAACCAUUUCAAAAGAAAAACUCUUUGUGCUCAGCUAGAUUCUUUGCUGCACCAAACUCUCCCUUUUCAUCAUGUUUGGGUUCUUGCCUUUGGAAGUCCGAAUGAGCUGUCACUACGAAGAAUCGUGCAGAGUUACAAUGAUAGCAGGAUUAGUUUUGUGGGUUCAAAUUAUGAUUUUAAGUACUAUGGAAGGUUUCAGAUGGCUCUGCAGACAGAAGCAGACCUUGUAUAUAUCGUUGAUGAUGACAUGAUACCGGGAAAGAAGAUGCUUCAGAUACUGUCCCAUGUUGCAGGUACAGAGAAGUACAAGAAUUCUGUUCUAGGUAGCAUAGGGAGGAUUUUACCUUUCAGACAGAAGGAUUUCACCUUUCCUAGCUACAGAAAGUUUCGUUCGAAGGAGGCAGGACUCUAUCUACCUGAUCCUGCUUAUGAUAUCCUUGUUGAAAAGGUGGUGCAGGUGGAUUUUCUCUCGAGCUCGUGGUUUUUAUCUGCAGAGCUUGUCAAGACUCUUUUCAUUGAGAAUCCCAUGACCUUUAUGACUGGUGAAGAUCUGCACCUAAGCUAUCAACUUCAAAAAUACCGAAAUGCUGGCUCAUUUGUGCUUCCAGUUGAUCCGAAAGACAAGGAAACAUGGGGAGAUAGUGAACAUCGGCUUGCUUAUGUGUCUGAAACUACUGUUAUAUUCAAAGAUGUUGUUCAAGUAAGAGAUGAUCAGUGGUGGAGGGCCCUUUCGAGUGGUUAUGUGACUCAAUGGGCAGCAAUGCAUCCUCAAAAGAUUGAUGCACUGUUUUAUGCUCACUCCAUCAAUGAAGUGAAGGCCCUUGCUCCUCUUCUUGAGAAAUUUAGGUCCACUUUUGGUAAGAAGGCCUACAUUGUGGUAUCAGGGGGCCAGUACUGUCCUUGUGAAGAUGCUGCAACCGCUUUGAACUGGCCAAAAUCGGUUUGUAAAGAGAGAAGGUUUAAAAUAUUUGAUCUCGGAGUUGGGGCACUUUCAGGUGUAUCUAAAUCUGAAGUGCCUAUAGUGCAAAGUGUGUAUGCCAGCAUGAAAGGGCUCAUUAAAAUUCACAACCCGAGUGUGGUUAUUGCUGUUAAUGAUAUUGAUUCUGAUGUGAGAAAGGCAUUGACAAUGGCAACCGAGACCAAUAAAAAUGGCUCUACGUUUGUUCUUCUACCUAGAGUAUCCGUGCCUAAGGUCCUUUGGAUGGCAGAUUUAAGAUCUACUGCUUUACCAAAUUGGAACAAGAUGAGAAUCUCCAUCAACAUUAUCACCCAAAACCGUGUGCGUUCUCUCAUGAGGCUUCUCAAGUCUCUCACUAAUGCAUUUUACUUGGGCGACGACAUUCCAAUUUCCUUCAAUGUAGAUAGCAGAGUAGACGAGGCAACAAUAAAGCUAUUGAGCACAUUCGAGUGGCCUCAUGGAACAAAGACUUUAAAGAGGAGAAUCAUUCAAGGAGGACUAAUUCGCGCUGUUAGUGAGAGUUGGUAUCCGUCUUCAGAUGAUGACUUCGGUCUAUUGCUUGAAGAUGAUAUUGAAGUAUCUCCUUACUACUAUCUAUGGAUCAAGUAUGCUCUCUUAGCCUACCACUAUGACCCUCAAAUAUCAUUCCCCGAGCUCUCUUCAAUCUCUCUUUACACUCCUCGAAUUGUUGAAGUUGUGAAAGAAAGACCUAAAUGGAAUGCAACAGAAUUCUUCCAACGCAUUCAUCCAAACACCCCUUACCUACACCAGCUCCCCUGCAGUUGGGGUGCUGUUUUCUUCCCUAAGCACUGGAGAGAAUUUUACGUGUACAUGAACAUGCGCUUUACUGAGGAUCCUAAGAAAAACCCGGUCCAAAUUCCCAAGUCUAGAACCAAUGGAUGGCAAGCCUCAUGGAAGAAGUUCCUCAUUGACAUGAUGUAUUUACGAGGCUAUGUGAGUCUGUAUCCAAACUUUCCGAACCAAGCUAGCUUUUCAACCAAUCAUAUGGAACCCGGAGCUCACAUUAGUGCUAAAGACAAUGUUGUCAAGCAUGAUAAGACUGACUUUGAGGUGCCCCUUUUGGCAGAUGAUUUUCGAAACCAUUUGCCUAAUGGUAAGUUGCCUUCAGCUUCAAAAUUGCCCUCGCUUAACCUCUUCAACCAGGCCGUGUCUCUUAAGGGCUUGAAGUCAGCUGGCGCGAAGCUGAGAAUGGAUGUGCUCAACUGCACUGCACUGGAAGUUGUGACUGUGCAUCAUGUUACCGGACUGCCUAACCAGUGUGCCAAGUUCUGAAAACUGAAUUUGGCUGCUCAAUUUACAUUUUUUUUUUUUUUUUUUUUGGUUUCUUUUGUAGGAUGUAUCAAAGGCUAUGUCCAACCUUAGCUUAAAGGUGGGAUCAACACUUGAUUUUGACUGCUAGCAGGUAAACCAUGUAAACACU